UGGGCUGUGGUGGCCGCUCUACAUCCUGCUAAAAGUAAUGUGAAUGUGAAAUAUUCCUAUCCGCAUUAUAAGGAGGUAUUAAAUCUCAAAGAUAUUGAGUUUCCAAUGACGUUAAGUCAAAUUAAAAAGUUUGAAAAUCUCAACGCCAUUUCGAUCAAUGUCUAUACCAUCGAGACGAAGGACAAUCAACAUACGAUCCUUCCAAUACGGCUGACGAAUAAAAAAAGGGACAAACAUAUUAAUUUACUAUACGUGGAAGAAAACAGCAACGAUGGACAUUUCACAUGGAUCAAGAAUCUGUCUCGUCUUGUCCGCUCACAAUUGACUAAAAAUAAGAAUAAGAAAUUCUUUUGCGAUAGAUGUUUACAUUAUUUCGGCUCGAGCGAAAAACUGGAGGCUCAUAUGAUUGAUUGCGGUAAAAUGAACAAUUGUGCGAUCAGGUUACCGAGCGAAGACGACAAGUGGCUCUGUUUUAACAACAACAACAGGAAGGAGCAAAUGCCAUUCGUGUACGCGGACCUUGAGUGCAUCCUGGAGAAGACGGACAACGAGGAAACAACGAGCUACGAGUACCAGCAUCAUCGGGUAUUUAGUAUAGCUUAUUAUGUUCAUUGUUCGUACGACAACUCGUUAUCAGCGUAUCGAUUUCGGCGCGAUAAGGAUUGCAUAGCGUGGUUCAUCGAAGAACUUAAAGAUUUAGCGCACAGAGUAAAGCCCGCUCUGUCCG